AGCGCCAGUGGGUCCGGCGCAGUGGACGCACGAUGCCCAAGUGGGGCGCGCGGCGGAGGCCCGGCCUCCUGCUCGGCGCGCUUCUGCUGAUCGUGUGCCUCCCGGUGCUCCGCAGGCUGAACUGGAGCGGCCUCGGCGCCUCGUUGUUGUGGCGCCGGCACCUAGGGCUGCGGGCCGAUGGCCAGAACUUCAAGCUGGAGAACUCGGCCUUCUGGAUCUUCGGGGGCUCCAUCCACUACUUCCGGGUGCCCCGGGCCUACUGGAGGGACCGUCUCCUGAAGCUGCGGGCCUGUGGCCUCAACACGCUGACCACCUAUGUCCCGUGGAACCUCCACGAGCCGCAGAGAGGCACAUUCGACUUCUCUGGGAACCUGGACCUGGAGGCCUUCAUCCUGCUGGCGGCGGAGGUGGGGCUGUGGGUGAUCCUGCGUCCAGGCCCCUACAUCUGCAGCGAGAUGGACCUCGGGGGCCUGCCCAGCUGGUUACUCCGAGACCCUGACAUGAGGCUGAGAACAACUUACAAGGGCUUCACGGAAGCAGUGGACCUUUAUUUUGACCACCUGAUGCUCAGGGUGGUGCCGCUCCAGUACAAGCAUGGGGGACCCAUCAUUGCUGUGCAGGUGGAGAAUGAGUAUGGGUCCUACAACAAAGACCCCGCCUACAUGCCUUACAUCAAGAAGGCCCUGCAGGACCGGGGGAUCGUGGAGCUGCUCCUGACCUCAGACAACCAGGACGGCCUGAAGAAUGGCAUUGUGGACGGAGUGCUGGCCACCAUCAACCUCCAGUCACAGUCGGAGCUGCGGCAGCUCACCGCCAUUCUGCUGGGCACACAGGGCAGCCGGCCCAAGAUGGUGAUGGAGUACUGGACGGGCUGGUUUGACUCCUGGGGCGGCCCCCACUACAUUCUGGACUCCUCAGAGGUCUUGAACACAGUGUCGGCCAUCGUCGAAGCCGGCUCGUCCAUCAACCUGUACAUGUUCCAUGGGGGCACCAACUUCGGCUUCAUCGGAGGAGCCCUGCACUUCCAGGACUACAAGCCCGAUGUCACCAGCUACGACUACGACGCUGUGCUGACAGAGGCCGGGGACUACACGGCCAAGUACACAAGGCUCCGGGAAUUCUUUGGCUCCAUGUCAGGGGCCCCUCUCCCCGUCCCGCCUGCCCUUCUUCCCAAGACGGCGUAUGACCCGGUGACACCAGCUUUCUACGUGUCCCUGUGGGACGCCCUGAACCUCCUGGAGCUGCCGGUCACCUCGGAGCACCCGGUCAACAUGGAGAACCUCCCGAUCAACGGGGGCAGCGGGCAGUCCUUCGGGUACACGCUCUAUGAGACCACCAUCACCUCGUCCGGCGUCCUCAGCGCCGUUGUGCGUGACCGGGGACAGGUGUUCCUGAACACGUUCUUCCUGGGGAUCCUCGACUACAAGACUGCGACGAUCAUCAUCCCCAUGGUCCAGGGGUUCACGACGCUGAGGAUCCUGGUGGAGAACUGCGGGAGGGUCAACUACGGGGACAGCAUCGACCAGCAACGCAAAGGUAUCAUUGGAAAUGUCUAUCUGAACGAUUCUCCCUUGAAAAAAUUCAAAAUCUACAACCUGGAGAUGGACAGGAGCUUCCUGCGGAGGUUCACUGGAGACAUGUGGAAGCCUGUCACGGAACAGCCCAUGUUCCCUGCGUUCUUCCUGGGGGCACUGCAUGUCUCAGACCCCCCCUACGACACCUUCAUGAAGCUGGAGGGCUGGGAGAAGGGGGUCGUGUUCAUCAACGGCCAGAACCUCGGCCGUUACUGGAACAUCGGGCCCCAGGAGACCCUCUACCUCCCCGGCGCCUGGCUGGACGCAGGCUUAAAUAAGAUCAUGGUCUUUGAGGAGAAGAGGGCGCAACAGAUAAUCCAGUUCGUGGACACGCCCAGCCUGGGCCAGCACAAGUACGUGCACUGAGCCGCCCAGGCCCGAGACCCCGCUGACCGGCCUGUGCCCGCUCCGUCCAGCCUGUGCCCACUCCGUCCGCCCUCGGGAGCCCACCCGCUGCAGUUGAGCCUCGUCCUGUAGGCUGGGAGGCGCGAGGACGGGGCGAGGGGCCCUCCCGGGAGAGCUGCCCUGCUCCCCUGGGCCAGACGGAGGCCCGGGGACUGUUCACCGUGGGGGCCGGUGGGGCCCGGCUCCUGAGUGCUUGCUCCUCUGCCCCCGGCCCGGCCGUGCCCUCGUCCCUGUGGCCCCGGCUCUGAGCUGGGGGUGUGUCACUGUCCGUGGAGGGUGGGGGGAGCCCGCUGUCCGUUCACGACUUGCCCAGGCCUCUCUGCCGUCCUGGGAGGACGCCAGUGCGGUGCAGGGCCUGCGCCCCGUGGGGUCGCGUCUAAGAGUCGGGCCUUACCUCCCGCGUCCACAUGUUCCCUCCUCGCUCGGUGUGAGGCAGCAUCCCCUGAGGAAAGGCCGCUGCUCUGGGGGGCAGGGCGGUGGGGGGCGGGGCGGGCAGCCUCCUCCCGAGUGUCCAUCCAGACUCUGGGGUGUGCCCAGGGGUGAGUCCUCUGCUGGGCUCCGGUUCACUGCCCUGAGUUGCAAUAAAGCCACAGAGUUGAGUCCA